GAAUCCAGAAACCGUGGAUUACCCAUAUAUGCUUUGAGACAUGCUUUAGAUGUUUUUUUCUGGAAGCCCUGCAACUACCCUAAAAAUUGAAUGUAUUGUAGAACAGACCUAUGGUGAAGCGACUUCCAGUCAUUUGGAAAGGAUGGGAUGAAAAGGAACCUUGGUGAUAAUUUUGAUGUCUGCAAGAUUUAGUACCAGUGUAAUGGGAUUAUCGGUAACACCUUCACUGCAGAAAAAGCCACCUGGCGCUAUAACUGGCAGCAACUGAGAACUAAUCCUUUCCCAUCUCUUGGAUGUCAUUCAUGAAGCUCAAAGCGAUUUCUAUCCUGCUAACUGUGAUUAAUUUUAUAAACAACAACCAAAAAUCAGGCCAAUGGUGGCAGAGUCUACAUAGAACUAUGCUUCGUGGUGUUCUGGGAAAAACCUUUCGACUUGUUGGCUAUACUAUUCAGUAUGGCUGUAUAGCUCAUUGUGCUUUUGAAUACGUUGGUGGUGUUGUCAUGUGUUCCGGACCAUCGAUGGAACCUACAAUUCAAAAUUCAGAUGUUGUCUUUGCUGAAAAUCUUAGUCGACAUUUUUAUGGUAUCCAAAGAGGUGACAUUGUGAUAGCAAAAAGCCCAAGCGAUCCAAAAUCAAAUAUUUGUAAAAGAGUAAUUGGGUUGGAAGGAGACAAAAUCCUCACCAAUAGUCCAUCAGAUUUCUUUAAAAGCCGUAGUUAUGUGCCAACGGGUCAUGUUUGGUUAGAAGGUGAUAAUCUACAGAAUUCUACGGAUUCCAGGUACUAUGGACCUAUUCCAUAUGGACUCAUAAGAGGACGUAUCUUCUUUAAGAUUUGGCCUCUGAGUGAUUUUGGAUUUCUACGUGAUAGCCCUAAUGGUCACAGAUUUUCUGAUGAUUAGCAAACAUUUAUUCUUUUGAUUUGAUUAUUGUCUCCUGUUCAAGUGAAUUUGUUAUUGCCACUGAGACCAUGUACUUUCUAAUAAACUAUUUGCUAUUCAGUUUUAGUUAUUUUUAACUGUUAAAUGUAAAGAUAAGUAACACACAAUCUGCAAGCUAUAUUAAGUCAAAAUAUAUAGAUAAAAGCAAUCCAAAAUAAAUCGUCUAAAUUUAUGAUACAUAUAAAAAUAUGUUUAGGGGGAAAACACAAAUGACAAACUCAGUUUUGAAUUUUUGGUUUUCUAGGUAUAAUGACAAGUAAUCUCUUCGUGAAUGUGCUUCAUAAUUUCAUUGCAUUUACAAGUCAAGGUAGAAACUAGUCUUAUUAAGUCCAAACCAACAAUAAAUACCAAGAGAUCAACCUAAUAAAAAGCUGCUAAGUCAUAUAUGCAUGGCUCACUCAUUUGAAAUUAAGUAAGAAAUUUUCAGUGACUCCAUAAACGAUUCCUUUUUCAAUGAGUACUGAUUUAUGCUGUACAUAGAAUAUUAAAUAUAUAAAAAAAUAAAAUUUUUUCAGUCUACUAUAAUCAAUAAUAAUACAUUAUAAAAAUCCAUUUCAUUAUACCACCAAUGUAGUGGAUCUUAUUCCUAAAUAUAGGCAUUAAUACUAUAUCUUUGUUUGUACUCUGAAAAAAAAGGGAAAGGAAUGCACCUGUUUAAAAUUAUUUUUUUCUAAAGCUACCAUUUCCUAGAUUAAAGCUGAAGAUGGCAGUGUUCAAGAAGCUUACUCCCAUUAAUACAGCCACAGGAAGAAUUUGGAAAUACAGUGCCAGCACUGAAGUCCAGCAUCCUGACUCCACAGCUACAUUUCUUUCUAUAGUAGCCCUGUCACCUUCUUAAUUAACUUUAUUAACUCAUGAAUAUCCAUAUUCAGCCUUCAUUAUGGGAGAACGAGGAUCACAUGAUACUCACAUUUAAUUAAGACCUGAGAUUUUGAGACAGUUGUACAAUAGGCCUAUAACUUUGGCAGCUAGAAAUAUCACGUUCCUCAGAAACUUAAUAACUAUAAAAGAAUGAUACUGUGAUCCAUUAAAAGAGACAUGCUCAUUUGGAGAAAUGAAUCAAUAACAAAGUUCUCAAAUGGGAAUUCACUAAAUAUAAUGUUUAAUUCAAGUCCAUUUGUUGGGCAAUUUGUAAAUAUAAAUUAUAAAUACAUAGAAAUAGCUAAAUUAAUUUUCUAUUAAUCUGGGGUAGACUUUGCUUGACAAUCUUAUUUCUCUGCAAGUAACAGAGCUGACAAAAAAAAAAAA